UGGGUGAACUUGGCAGGUGGUCUGGGUGGAGAGCACAGCACAGUGGGGGGUCAGGGAGGGAAGACAAGGUCUUGGUGCUGAAACAAAGGUAGCUGGCAAGGGCUUGGCCCUGGAAAAGGCAGGAUUAGCUAGAAGGAUGACAGUCAGCUGAGUCACUGAGCUGGGCAAGGCUCUCAGCCCCCCUGACCGGGCCCAGCUGGGGUGACAGAUGGUGGAGAGGCAUCAGCCAUGGGGGGUGGGGGAUCAUCUAACAAGCAGUUACUGGAGGCUAGUCCCAGAGUCUGCCCCCCCAGCCCAGCGUGGCCUCUAGGGCUCUAAUCUUCCCUGAGGGGGCCUCCCAGCCCUGUCCACACCUCCGCCUAUUGCCCGAGCUUUUCCUUCCCUCCAUCUGGCUUCCUGACCAGGCUUCCACCCGCAAACAACCGGGCAGAGGAGCGGCUGGAAAAGACUUCACUUGGCUGCCAGCUGCCCCUCUUUGCUGUUCCAGCCCCACAGCUGGGACGACCCAAGUCUGGCCACCUUCCAGAUGUACUGUAGAUCAGUGAGGGUUGAGGCUGAGAUGCCAGAUGAGAUAGGGAGCCUCUGAUGCUAGGUCACGUGCUCUAAAUCGACAAGGAAGCCAGGCCUCAGGCUGCUUCCUGCCUCAGCAGCAAGACACAGUUCUGAAAAGCCAGGCUCUGUUCCAAGUGCUUACUGAGUUACCAUGGCAACCGAGGAGUCCAUCAUUCGAAUCCCACCCUACCACUUUAUCCAUGUGCUAGACCAGAACAGCAACGUGUCCCGGGUGGAGGUUGGGCCAAAGACUUACAUCCGGCAGGACAAUGAGAGGGUCUUGUUUGCGCCUGCCCGCAUGGUGACGGUCCCCCCACGCCACUACUGCACAGUGGCCAACCCAGUGUCCCGGGAUCCCCAGGGCUCCGUGCUAUUUGAUGUCACAGGGCAAGUGCGGCUCCGUCACGCUGACCUGGAAAUCCGGCUCGCCCAGGAGCCCUUCCCCCUGUACCCAGGGGAGGUUCUGGAAAAGGACAUCACCCCACUGCAGGUGGUUCUGCCCAAUACCGCCCUCCACCUUAAGGCCCUGCUAGAUUUUAAGAAUAGCGAUGGAGACUGGGUAGUCGCAGGAGAUGAGUGGCUAUUUGAAGGACCUGGCACGUACAUCCCCCAGAAGGAGGUGGAGGUCAUGGAGAUUAUCCAGGCCACGGUCAUCAGACAGAACCAGGCUCUGCGGCUGAGAGCUCGCAAGGAAUGUCAGGACCGGGACAACAAGGAGAGGGUGACAGGUGAAGAAUGGCUGGUCCGCACUGUGGGUGCCUAUCUCCCAGCAGUGUUUGAGGAGGUUCUGGAUUUGGUGGAUGCUGUGAUUCUUACCGAAAAGACAGCCCUGCACCUCCUGGCUCGGCAGAACUUCCGAGACUUGAGGGGAGUGACCCGCCGCACUGGGGAGGAGUGGCUGGUGACAGUGCAAGACACAGAGGCCCACGUGCCAGACGUCUACGAGGAGGUACUGGGGGUUGUGCCCAUCACCACCCUGGGCCCCCACAACUACUGCGUGAUUCUGGACCCAGUCGGUGUGGACGGCAAGAACCAGCUGGGGCAGAAACGUGUGGUCAAGGGAGAGAAGUCUUUUUUCCUGCAGCCGGGAGAGAGGCUAGAACGAGGUAUCCAGGAUGUGUACGUGCUGUCAGAGCAGCAGGGGCUGCUGCUGAGGGCCCUGCAGCCCCUGGAGGAGGGAGAGAACGAGGAGAAGGUCUCACGCCAGGCCGGUGACCGCUGGCUCAUCCGGGGACCCCUGGAGUAUGUGCCGUCUGCCAAGGUGGAGGUGGUGGAAGAGCGUCAAGCCAUCCCCCUGGACGAGAAUGAGGGCAUCUACGUGCAGGACGUCAAGACUGGAAAGGUACGUGCUGUGAUUGGAAGCACCUACAUGCUGACCCAGGACGAGGUCCUGUGGGAGAAGGAGCUGCCUUCUGGGGUGGAGGAGCUGCUGAACAAGGGGCAGGACCCUCUGGCGGACAGGGGUGAGAAGGGGCCUGCCAAGACCCUUCAUCCCUCUGCUCCCCGGAACAAGACCCGCGUGGUCAGCUACCGCGUCCCUCACAACGCCGCGGUGCAGGUGUACGACUACAAAGAGAAGCGAGCUCGUGUGGUGUUUGGGCCCGAGCUGGUGUCGCUGGGUCCUGAGGAACAGUUCACAGUGUUGUCCCUCUCGGCCGGGCGGCCCAAGCGUCCCCACGCCCGCCGCGCGCUCUGCCUGCUGCUUGGGCCUGACUUCUUCACAGACGUCAUCACCAUCGAAACCGCAGACCAUGCCAGGCUGCAACUGCAGCUUGCCUACAACUGGCACUUCGAGCUGCUUGACCGGAAGGACCCCCAGGAGACAGCUAAGCUGUUCUCAGUGCCAGACUUCGUGGGGGACGCCUGCAAGGCCAUCGCGUCCCGGGUGCGGGGGGCCGUGGCAUCGGUCACCUUCGAUGACUUCCACAAGAACUCAGCCCGCAUCAUUCGCAUGGCCGUCUUCGGCUUCGAGAGCCCGGAGGCCAAGGGGCCUGGCGGUGAGGUGCUGCCCCAGCCCCGCGACCGGGCCAUCUUCCCCCAGAAUGGACUGGUGGUGAGCAGCGUGGACGUGCAGUCAGUGGAGCCCGUGGACCAGAGGACCCGGGACGCCUUGCAGCGCAGCGUCCAGCUGGCCAUUGAAAUCACCACCAACUCCCAGGAGGCGGCUGCCAAGCACGAGGCCCAGAGACUAGAGCAAGAAGCCCGUGGCCGGCUUGAGAGGCAGAAGAUCUUGGACCAAUCCGAAGCCGAGAAAGCUCGCAGGGAGCUCUUGGAGCUGGAGGCUCUGAGCACUGCUGUGGAGAGCACCGGCUCCGCCAAGGCAGAGGCCGAGUCCCGCGCGGAGGCUGCACGCAUUGAGGGACAAGGCUCCGUGCUGCAGGCCAAGCUGAAGGCCGAGGCCUUGGCCAUUGAGACGGAGGCUGAGCUGCAGCGGGUAAAAAAAGUGCGAGACCUAGAACUGGUGUAUGCCCAGGCGCAGCUGGAGCUGGAGGUGAAAAAGGCCCAGCAGCUGGCCGAGGUGGAGGUGAAGAAGUUCUCACAGAUGACCGAGGCCCUGGGUCCCAGCACCAUCCGGGAUCUGGCUGUGGCUGGACCAGAGAUGCAGGUAAAACUGCUCCAGAGCUUGGGCCUGAAAUCAACCCUCAUCACGGAUGGCUCCACUCCUAUCAACCUCUUCAGCACAGCCUUGGGUCUGUUGGGGCUCGGGUCUCAGGCCCAGCCCUCAGACCAAAAGGCAACCGGGGGGCCUGGUCCCGGGGAAGGCUUGCUUCUCCAGUCCUCUCUUGUCCCUCAAACUCUUGGAAGCAACCGUAUCGUGCCUUAGCUUCAUGUUGCAUCGAAAAAUAAAACUUACAGUUCUGGGCAUUCAA